AUGUCUCUGAGUCAAAAUCUCGGCCAGCAGGAGACAGGCGUCACAAAAGCAGGAACCUCGAGCUUUAGCCGAGCGACUCGUGAUCAUUAUGACGAAGGCGCAUGGGCGAUGACACUUUUCAACUCCAGCGCUCAUGAGAUCAUUAUCAGCCCUGACCCCGCCGAGCGUAAAAGACGUGAAAACGAACCAGCUUUCAUUCGCCCGUCUCAAGAGGGCACAUACUUAGGCGGGCUGAUAACGAUUCUCCACUCAAUCCCUCUCGCAAGGGAGGCUCUUCUCUUACGAAAUCGUUUCCUGCCCAACUACGGUCAUGAUUCUCAAUGGUGGAACGGGCAGCCGAUUAACCUUCCCAAAAUAGUGACCAUGCUAGACGCCCAGGAGGGUGACACUGACUGGGACGACAUAAUCUACGAAACUCAGAGGCUUGUGGCAUUCUUGGAUACUACAAUUCGUGCUUUUGGCAGUUCAGACGCAUUGGCAAAUCUACAAUGCGUUUCCCAGUACGAUCGCGAUAAUGCUGUUUCUAGAUUCUUGGAAGCAUGGCAAGAAGCGGCGGUCCGCGCGGACCCGGGAAACCAGUUGGGGACCAUAUUUUCCACAACUGGCUACAAAGGAUCGCUUCCAGCAGAAGACAUGGACCAAACAGAGUUUCUCUUGCUUGAACCAUUGGUGGAACAUGAUCCUGGUCAAACACUCUACAAUGUUCUCGAUCGCGCCUUGUGGUGUGAUAGACCAGACCAGCCGCUUGAAGAUGCCUGGCUUGAGACCGUUGCUGAGGUGCUAGUCAUGAAGCUGGAAAGCACCCAAAAGCCAAUUGACGUAGUGAUUCCAUCUGUGUUCUAUGCCGAUCGGUACAUGGCGAACAGCAGAGAGGUCGCCCGCGAAUUCCGCACGCGACGGCUACAAGCCUAUGAAGAGAUGGACAUGUUAGACAAGGCUAUCAAGCGCUGCUCACAGUCUAAAUUAACGGCACAGACAGGAAUGAGCUCCAGAGACGUUCUUGAGACAGCCGCCUCUGCCAUUACAUCGAAGUUCGCCAUUUCAGCACCGGGUGACAUCAAUACCGAAUAUGUAGCGAAGGAGCUGAAAACCGUUUCAGCCAAGAUAGAGAAGCACUUAAGAGGAUUGGAGGACAAGAGACGAAGAAUCAAAGAAGGUCUGCGAGAAUAUUCCAAAAUACUGACGGAAGCUUCACCCGAUGCCGAGCCCCAUUAUAAAUACACCUUGCGAGGGGUGUGCACUCAACCACAUGUGACCUACGUUCUCCGACGCUGUGACGAGCACGGGUCGGAUGAUGAGCCCUCAAUUACAGGAGAGUAUCAGUGGUGGCGAUUUAGUUUCUCGACGGAAGAUGCAGCUAUACGGAAAGCGGAGUCGGAGGGCCGGGCCAAAACUGACUUUGACCAUGCGGAUAUUAUUGGGUACACCGCGCGUAAGGUUAACGAGGCCGAGGUGCUGCAAGCAGCCCGCGAAGAAUCGAACCAGGUAUUGCUUGUGUAUGCCAAUUCCAAUGCAGUGAGCAUGGGAGUUGAACCUGCUCCUGCUCAGCUACAGAAAUUUGUCGAGAAGGACAACAAAACUUUCGAGUCGGAACUCCAGGAUGCGGAGAUGGCACAACAGCAAUCAGAAACGCAGCAUCAGUCAUCUGGCACUCUCGUGGGUCUUUCCCUCAAGCAGAAGAGCCGUUUGCACAUCGCUGACGCCAAUUGGCAGCCAUCGCUGAAACCAGAGCAAGAGCGUACGACGCAGAAUGUAAACGUCUUCGAUUAUCAGGUACCAUCUUUUAACGAAACACAGGAACCGGGGCAAGAGAUGCAACAGCGCAAUGGGCGGCCUUUGCUUAGCCGUAGUAGCACAACUGGUCCUGUGCAACCACCUCCCUCAGAUGUCGAUAUAUCUCGACCUCCGAGUCGCAUAACCAACUGUUCUCAAUCCUUCAUGGCUCCCGAAAACGACACGGUGGCUGGUGCCACCAUUGAACUUCUGGAGACUCGUCUCCGACGCCUCACAUUCCUUCUUACCGGUGAUGCUAACUGGACCGGCGAGCCUACGCCGCCCACAAAGCCGGCUUCUCUGGACGACAGUAUCUCGCGUCGGCUUCUUCGUCUGGAGAAAGACCUGGAACGACUGAGUCGGAACAACUCUGCUGUCCGGGAUGUUUUGAGACUACACGAUCGCUUCCCCGAACUCUUUCACCCAGCACCGCCCGGCUCUCUGCCAGAGAACCUAACCACCCAGAACCUCGCCUCGGUCGUUCUCUCGUAUGCGUCCGCCUUUCCCGAAACCGCCUCUCGGCUCACUUCAUUGAACGACCUCCCUAUCCCCGACGCGGAGACCUCUGCGUCCUUGAUCCAGCUCCAGCCCCGUCUCGACCAGCUAUCCAAGACCCAGGAAGAUCAGGCGCGCCAGAUCUCGGAGUUACGGGUCCGAUCGGCCAAGGCGUUGCAACGGUGGUAUGAGGUUGCGCUGGUCAGUGGCGGAGAAUGCUGGGCGGAGUGGGAAGGGAGGCUUGAGGAUGUGGAGAGGGAAGUGAGAAGGGAGGAAGUGGUCAGAGAGAGGAGGGAGAAGGAAUUGUGA